UGAUAUAGAUUACGACGAGGCCAUAAGGCACAUGCAUGGUUGGAUGUACAACGAUGCCGGAAACAAUCCAAGGAUCGAUGGCUGCCAUUGUCUUUCUUGUAUGCUUGCGGCCGUAGCCGACGGUGUCGUCCUUGCUGAAGUGGAGUGCCUUCCCGGGCCCAAAGACGGUCUUCCACCAGGAGUCUAUGGUGUCUACCUGUCCUGGAGAGAUGGCAUACAAAUACCGGAUGUGAAGCACAAGAAACAAAAAAAGCAACCGAUAAGUAAGAAGGGCAAGCCUAUGAAGACCAGGAAGCGACAGGGAGACCCGAGUGAAGUAGAAAGCGACGAAGAAGCCAUGCUUAAGGAUAAUGGGGUUAACGAUAAUGACGCCGCGUCGAAUGACGAUGGAGGUGCAGCCGCCGCAGGGGAUCAACAACCUAGAUGCGGAGAAUCUGACUUGCCAAGAGUUAAACGUCCUCGGAGUAACUGUAUCAAAUGCAAAUUUUCUCCUGUGUUUAAAACGGUGUAUAACCCAGAGAUUUGGACUGAUCAGAAACUGAAGGAAACACUUAAGGAGGCCUUUCAAAAUUAUCUCAAAGACAGUGCAAAUCUGGAUCAUUUGCAGUAUAAUGAAGAUGUGCAUUGGACUGGUCCAUUCGAGAUUGACGGUAACACAUACCAGCUUGAGGGAUAUUUCGAAGUACAGAAAUGUGGUUCUCGUGAGAGAAAGAUCACAGAUCUAGACAGCGUUCUCAUCAGAGAGACACCAAUCAUCUUCAGGCGGAUGGGCCGGGAGUGA